AUGGGAAACCGUACCAUAACAACAUUCAUUCUGCUGGGCCUGACAAAUGACCUUCAGCUGCAGACUCUGAUUUUUGUCUUUUUCUUUCUCACCUACAUGCUGAGCAUAACUGGGAACCUGAUUAUCAUCUCCCUCAUCUUACUGGAUUCUCAUCUUAAGACAGCCAUGUAUUAUUUCCUACAAAAUUUCUCCUUCUUGGAGAUCUCAUUCACAUCUGCUUGCAUUCCCAGAUACUUGUAUAACAUAGCAACAGGUGACAAGCUCAUUACCUACAAUGCCUGUGCCAGCCAAGUGUUUUUUACUGACCUCUUUGGUGUAACUGAAUUUUUCCUCCUGGCGGCCAUGUCCUAUGACCGCUACGUGGCCAUCUGCAAGCCCCUGCAUUAUGUGACCAUCAUGAGCAGCACAGCCUGCAGAAGACUUGUCUUCUGUUGUUGGGUAGCUGGUCUGUUCAUUAUAAUCCCCCCACUUAGUCUAGGCCUAAACCUGGAAUUCUGCGAUUCUAAUGUCAUUGAUCAUUUUAUCUGUGAUGCAGCUCCCCUCCUGAAAAUUUCUUGUUCAAAUACUUGGUUCAUGGAACAGACUGUUAUGAUUUGUGCUGUGCUGACCCUUCUUAUGACACUCAUGUGUGUAGUACUGUCCUACAUUUAUAUCAUCAAGACAAUUUUGAGAUUCCCUUCUGUUCAGCAAAGGAAAAAGGCCUUUUCCACCUGUUCUUCCCACAUGAUUGUGGUCUCCAUCACCUAUGGCAGCUGCAUCUUCAUCUAUAUCAAACCAUCAGCGAAGGAAUCAGUGGCUAUUAACAAGGGUGUGACAGUACUCACUACAUCCAUUGCUCCACUGCUCAAUCCUUUCAUUUACACCUUGAGAAACAAGCAAGUAAAACAAGCCUUCAAUAACUCAGUCAAAAGAAUUGUGAUAUUUUCAAGAAAUAAGAGAAUGUGA